UUGUGUGUGUAAUCUGACCCGGAAAGAGUAUCAGAAUACCGAGAAAUCCUUACCAAUCCAGAUAAAUCGGAAACAUCCUCGAUUGAUAUCUGUAUGCAAGGUUGCAUAUAGCUAGCAGAUUGUAUAUUUCGUAUUUCUUGUGCCAGAUUUUUAGCAGAAUGGGUAUCAAGGUGUUCAUCACGAAUAUUUCAAGCAGUACUGAUAUCAAGAAGAAGCAGCGGGAAUUGCUUCAGACCUUAGAAAGUUUGAAGAUUGAGUUUGAAACAGUGGACAUCUCUGAUCCUUCCAAAGAGGAAGAGAAAAAGUUCAUGAGAGCCAACAGCAAACCAGCUCAAGAGGGCAAGGUGCCCCUCCCCCCUCAAGUAUUCAAAGAUGAUGAUUACUGUGGGGACUUUGAUGCAUUUUCGGAGGCCCUAGAAGAUAACGCUUUAUAUGAAUUCCUUAAAUUAGCUCCACCUAAAGAAGUUUCCCAAGCAUCUGUCACAGUAACAGGGGAGGAAGAAGAAAAGAAAGAUGAGGAAGAAAGAGAAAAAGAAGAUGAGGAAAAGGCCAUUUUAAUUGAGGAUGUUGCUGCUGAGGAAGGGAAGAAAAUUGAUGAAGAAGAAUCAAAGACAGAGGAAAAAGCAGAUGGUGAGGCGAGUGAAAAAGAGGCUGCACCAUCUGAGGAAAAGGUAGAAGGUGAAAGGUCAGAGAGUGAAGUUAAAGAAGGUGAAAGUGCAGAGGGCAAAACCAAAGAAACUGAGGAGUCCCCAGCAACAAAUAUAGCCAAUGAUGAGAAAGUAGAGGAGACCAAGGAGGACACUGGGGAUGAAGUGAAGGAGGAGGAGAAACCCCUGGACAAGGAUGCAGAGCUUCCCCAGCAGGAAAAGGAGGCUGAAAAAGAGGACACAGAUGAAAUGGACCAGUCUGCCACAGAGGUGCCACCUGACGCAGAAAAAUCCGAUGCAAAGACAGAUGAAAAUGAGCAAGAUGCUGAAGAAUUGGUUGUUGUGGAAACAGAUGACAAAAAAGAUACUGACACAGAAUCAGUUGUUGUUUUGGAUGCUGAAGAACCUAAGGAAGAAGAAAAACAAGAGAUGGUUGAUGAAUCACAACAGCAAGAUACAACAGAAUCUAAUGAAGAUACAGAACCACUUGUAAUUGUAGAGGAGAAAGAGAAUCAAGAUACCAAAGAGGAGGAGGCAACCAAAGAAGAGACUAACAAAGAGGAAUCCGAGCCUGUGAAAGAAGAGGAGCCAGUCAAGGAAGAAGAACCAGUCAAGGAAGAAGAACCAGUAAAGGAAGAAGAAACAAUUUCAGAACCAGUCAAGGAAGAAGAACCAGUAAAGGAAGACGAACCAACAAAAGAAGAAGAACCAAUUAAACAAGAGGAAGAAUCAGCCAAAUCAGAGGAGAAGGAAGAAGAAGUUGAUUUUUGGGCACAGAUUGGUAAAGAUGAUGAUGAUAUUGGUAGAAAGAAGAAAGCUCCUUCAGUAGAAGAGGAGAAACCUAAAGAGCCAAGCCCUGUACCAGAAACAAAAGUCGAGACACCGGCUCAGGAGGAUGAUGAUGAUGAUUCUAUGGAGGCAAGGAGAAGGAGAAGAAGGAAAGAAAGAGAGGAGAAAGAAGCUGCUGAUGCAGAGCCUGCUGAGGACAGCUUAGAAGAGCGUCGUCGCAGACGUCGCGAAGAGAGGAAAGCCAAGGAAGAUGCGGAUUCCAUGGAAGUGGAGAGUGCCACAGAGAGGAGGAGAAGACGCCGCCGUGAAAUGGCUGAUGAUUAGGGAAAAUCAGAGGAUGAGUAAAUAUAAAAGAAACCUUAGUCUUUCCCAGGUGCUGAGUAUAGGUCUAAGGAAGCUGCCUCUCAUUUUCUUCAUUUCCAACCCUCCAACUGCAAUGAUCCAUCAGUGGCAAUUCUCCAGUGAGAUUAGCUCAACAAAGCUCGGCUGUUGAGAUACUAGUACUCAUCCAAAACUUGUCUUGUGAUAAGGAGACUUUCUCCAUAUUCCCUCAGUUUUUCGAUGUGCAAUGCUAUUAAUUCUUUUCGGAGGGAAUUCCUUGUUUUGUUUUAUUUGAUUUGAAAAUUUUGUGUGUAUUGUUUUCUUUUUUUAAAGAAGCAAUGAACAAGAAACAGUCUCUGUUAAUAUGAUUUAGAUCUUUGUCUCUAUUGAAGUACUCAAAAAGGGUAUAUAUUCAGGAUUAUCAGUCAUCAACUUUGCUUUGUUUUAAUUGUGCUUAUAUAUGCUUUUUGUGCAAACAACUUUUUUACAACACUAUUUAUGGGGGAAACAGAAAUAUGCCAUUUCUUAAAUUACAAUUUUGUCUCAUCAAAUAUUUGGGUAGUUAUUGUCUUGGCAGCAUGAUAAUGUAUGAAAUGUUAAUUGUUUUUAACCAAUUUUGGAUACUGGUUUUGAUGCUCAAUUUUAAGUGUCCCCAGAAGAUGCAUAAAUAAUGCAGAAUCUCUCUGAAGAUAGGGUUGAAUAACAAGCUAUGUGCAUGUAGUGCUUUGGUGUAGCAUUUUUUUUAUACAGGAUUAUUUUUAUUUUACAGUGUAUAUGUAUAUUACUAAUGAUAGUACUAUGAUGAUGACAGUAGAAGUCCCACCUAUCUCCUAUGUCUCCUCGUACUUGACCGGUCUCCAAUAACUCGCCAAUAAUUCCUCACAGUCCUCUCUCCUUCCAAUGGUAAAGAAUGGUUAAAAGUUUUAAUUUUAGUUAACAGAAGGAAUUUAUGACAAAUUUUACAAGGGAAGCUAAAACUCUUGGUCUUCUUGGAUCGUUAUCAUCUACGCAUUAUGUGAGAUAUUGGGCGACUAGUCAAGUUAAAUGAUUACUAACAUAUUCCAAUAAGUUCAAUAGUCUAUUGUGUUCAUAUUCCAAGCCAGUGGAUUCACAUACCAAGGGCCAGACCUGCAGGACUGCAGCUUUAGAGACAACGAACUGCCCUGUGCCAUGUGUGAUGUGAGCUUUAGUCAAUGCUUUAACAUGAAUCAUGGGAAGUGGAUAUCAUUUAUUAAUGUGUUGUUACAUGACAUGGUUUAGUUCUUUUUGUUAGUUUGUUAUUUCCGUUUCCUUGUCUUUCAAAAAAAUUGCAAUCUGUUAAGUCUGACACGACACCUUUGAUACCUGGCAGAAUGUAUGUACUUAUUAUAGGUAUAAUAUUUUGUUAUUCAUUUAUAUAAUCUUUUCUUGCCAAAGUGUAUAGCUUUUACUUAAGGUACAUCCAGAAUAAAUGUAACUGUUUGAUUACAAAGCUAAUCCAGGGUGAUUUUCAUUCAAAACAUCAAUUUAAGCUUUGUCCUCUCAGAUUUAAUCAGCAUUUUGAAGUUUCUUAUGAUUUGUUCAGACAACUUUUUUCUGUUUGUAAUGUCUUAAAAAUAGUUUUUGUCAAAAAAUAAACUUUUAUGUAUUUUCCUGAUUGUAACAGUAAAUUGUACCAAGUACCAACUAAA